AUGUUUAAUCGUGGGGAACCUGCAACGACAAAUACGCAAUUGGCAUUCUUGAUGUUCUGUGAAGUGUCUCUCUCAGAGAUACAAGACGCACUUGAACAAUCCGAGCCAACCGCCUGGAUAUCUGCAGUUGCAUGUAUAUUCAAUCAAACCUUCGUGCUCGCCGAAUUUAGCCCGACACCACUCUACAAUGCAAGCCUCAUUGCCGGAAAUGAACUUUCACCUGACACUGAGAUGCGGCAAGCCCCGGAUGUCCC